GUGAGGGCAUGCGCACCACACCCUCCAUCGUCGGCUUCGGUGAGCAGCGUCUAGUGGGCAUCCCGGCCAAGCGUCAGGCAGUCACGAACCCGGAGAACACCAUCUUCGCCGCCAAGCGGCUGAUCGGUCGAUCCUACGACGACGAGGCGACGCAGAAGGACAAGAAGAUCCUCCCCUACAAGAUCAUCAAGGCGCCGAACGGCGACGCAUGGGUCGAAGCGGAGGGCAAGCAGUAUUCCCCUAGCCAGAUCGGGGCUUUCGUGUUGACGAAGAUGAAGGAGACCGCCGAGAGCUACCUGGGGCGGGACGUUGGAAAGGCAGUCAUCACGGUGCCAGCGUACUUCAACGAUGCCCAGCGCCAAGCCACGAAGGAUGCGGGCAAGAUCUCUGGCCUCGAGGUCAUGCGCAUCAUCAACGAGCCUACGGCCGCGGCACUGGCCUUCGGCAUGGAGAAGCAGGAAGGGCAAGUCUUGGCCGUCUACGACUUGGGUGGUGGCACCUUCGACAUUUCGGUGCUCGAGAUCUCCGGUGGGGUCUUCGAG